AUGCAGCUGCCGCUGCUCUCGUGUAGCCUUCUGGCCCUGUUCGCCGCCCAGGCGACUGCCACGGCUCUUACAUACAAGCUUGGCGCCAACGAGAAGGCCUGCUUUUACACCCUUACACAGCAUAAAGACGAGAAGAUCGCUUUUUACUUUGCUGUCCAGUCUGGUGGCUCCUUCGAUGUCGACUACGAGGUGACUGGACCCAAUGGCCGCUAUAUCAUGAGCGGCGAGAAGGAGCGUCAGGGAGACUUCGUCUUCACCGCGAGGGAUGUUGGCGAGUACAAAUUCUGCUUCAACAAUGGCAUGAGCACCUUCGCCGAGAAGUUUGUUGACUUCGAAAUUUCGGUUGAGAACGAGGCUCGUGUGACCCUCCCCUCGAAGCAAGGAGCGUCCCCUGAACAAACUUCAGCCCUAGAGGAGUCACUCUUCAAGAUCUCAAGCCAGCUGUCGACCAUCACCCGCAACCAAAAGUACUUCCGCACCCGCGAGAACCGGAACUUCAGCACCGUCCGCAGCACAGAAAAGAGAAUCAUCAACUUCAGCCUUGUCCAAAUCGCCUUGAUCAUCUGCAUGGGCGCCCUGCAGGUCUUCAUUGUCCGCUUCUUCUUCCAGGGCGCCAGGAAGGGUUACGUAUGA